CAAAACCUAACCCAAACACAAAAACCCUUGGUGCAAUACCAGCUCCUCCCUCGGAAGAUCCUGUAAGCCACUCUGGCUAAAAAAAGGUUUGUGUAACUCCCGCGGUAAGGGAAAAGCUCUACUACUCCGGGAAGAGAUUUUAAAAAGCAGACAGCCAGGGCGGCACGGGGACAGUCUUGCGCCUGCCCGGGAUUCCACACCCUCCUCUCCCCGCAGCCCCAUCCGCCCCCUUCGCUCCGCCCACCCCUGGAUUCUCGACCCUCGACCCCCGACCCAGUCUAUGCUGUCCGGGAUCGCAAACUCUCGAAGACUGCUCCACGGUUUCUGGUCUCGCUCCGCCACCGGGAUAAUGGGAGACUCAGUUUCAAAAAUCAUUAGGCGUGAGGAGGCCUUACCCGGCCGCAGCGAGUCGCUCAAAGUAGCAGUCAAACAUCACGUCAAUGGAACUAGGACUGUCGAACCUUUCCCAGAGGGAACACAGAUGGCUCUAUUUGCAAUGGGAUGUUUCUGGGGAGCGGAGCGGAAAUUUUGGAACUUGGAGGGAGUGUAUUCAACUCAAGUUGGCUAUGCUGGAGGCUUCACUUCAAACCCAACUUAUAAAGAGGUCUGCUCAGAGAAAACUGGGCAUGCAGAAACUGUCCGAGUUGUGUACCAGCCAGAACACAUCAGUUUUGAGGAUCUGCUCAAGGUCUUCUGGGAGAAUCAUGACCCGACACAAGGAAUGCGUCAGGGUAAUGACUUUGGCACCCGGUACCGGUCUGCUAUCUUCCCAACUACUCCAGAACAGAACGAAGCAGCUCUUCAGUCUAAAGAGGCUUAUCAAAAGGUCCUUACAGAAAGUGGCUAUGGCACAAUUACAACUGAUAUCCAAGAAGGCCAACAAUUCUAUUACGCUGAAGAUUACCAUCAACAAUACUUGAGCAAGAAUCCCAAUGGAUACUGCGGCCUGGGAGGCACAGGAGUUUCCUGUCCCAUUGGUAUUAACAAAUAAUUCAUGCCUGUGGGAUGGCAUCAAGCUUGCAUUUGCUAUGGCACUGCUAUAGGUAAUUGACCAGAGGCAUAACUUUUAAGCUCUGACUCUAUUUGGGGGUUUCUAAGCGAAUGAAAUACAAUGACACCCUAAAGCGAUGUGAAUAUCUCACAGGGAAAUUCUAAUGGUAGCUGACUUCACAUGAUUAUUGGAACAACACUUUCUAGUAUGGGAUACUACUUAAGGUGAUUAAGCCUAAAAUGUGGGCAGUUUCUAGCUUUCGAGAGAGGUGGGGAGUGUAGAAAGGGUGAUAGGAAGUUGUUUCUGGUGGAAAAAUCUUUACUGUUGCUCUGGCCUAGGCAAAUGCAUUCUCCCUUUCCUGUGCCUUCAGAUUUUUAAUCAUUUGUAGCCAUGAUAACAUGGUUACUGAAAUAUUUCUCCAAUAGAGCCAAUGGAGCUUUUAAUACCUGUUGCAGGCUUCCUCCUGGCAACAGAAAGAUGCAAGUUUGCUUUAUGGAUUAUGAUUGCUUUGCUUAUAGCAAUGAGAAAUGUAGCAAAUGUAUAAUCUAAUAAAAUUUGAGAGUCAAUAAAACCAA